UACAAUCCAAGAGGCAGCGUAGAUUCUCUUUGUCUCAAAAUAAAUUUCUUUUUAUUUUGUCUCAAAGAACUUGGUAUAGUUUAUUUAACUUUUCAUCUCAUUCUCACAUUCUUCACACUUACUCAUAAAGUUCACCUUUUUGUACCCCUCCUCAUUUUAAAAACAAUACUAUUUACUUGUUACAAUUCAUUUAAAACGAAAGAAGUAUUAUUUUCUUUUUUUUUUAUUUGAAACGAUUAAUAAGGAAAUUAAUCGAGAAAUUAAAUGCGAAAAGCAAAGACAUUAAAAUCUUAAAUGCUUAUGGGCAUGACAUUGGGUUCGGAUGUGUGCAAUGCAAUGCAGUAUGGGCCAAAUUUGUUGAAAUUUAAUGCUCCAACUCAAAUGGAGUUGUUGUACAUCAUUGCCUUGCUGUGCUCAUCAAGUAAUGACUAACAACACAACAGUUUUGAAAGUGAGAAGCCAUGAAAUCUCGACCGCCCUCGACUUUUUAAGACUUUUACGUAAACUAACAGAUAAAGAAUCAUUUAUAUACAAAUCCCAAAACCCGUACCUUCAUAUUAUUUUCAAUCAUCAAAAUUAAAUAGUUUUAAAUCACAAAUUGCAUCAAUUAUAUAUAGAAAAAAAAAUUUAUAUUCAUGUUCUUUAUUGGUCGCACUUCUAACCACGCAUUUGAACCAACCCUAACCCUAACCCUAGUCUUUAUUUAACACAAUACCAUUUCUCAACCACUUCAUACUAGAAAUCCCCUUGUAAUGGCACUCAACUACGCUCUAGCUUUGAUCUUCUACCUCUUGCUCACAUCACCUUACAAUUUUUCAGGACUAAGGGGAGAAGAAACGUCAAAUAUGAAUGAUGAACAUGUGUAUGAGAUUGAUUAUAGAGGUCCUGAGACACACUCUCAUCUUCCUCCUCCUAAAACAUUGGAUCAAAAACCUCACAUUCAUCAUCACAAACUUGCCAAAAGAUCCAGGAAAAUAUCUUCCAACAACUUCUAUAUUCAUACAAAUGGAAAUUAGAUUGCUUGAAGGGGAAAUGAGAGCCUAGAUUCAUGUAAUGUUCCUCAAAAUUAUUCACUAUUUAUUUGAAUUUGCUCGUUUUAAUUUUUUUAUGUGAGAAUAUUUUAGUUAAAUAGCGCAAAUUUUUAGAGAUGGUAUAACUACACUAAAUUAUUACUAUUAUUAAUUUGUAAAAUUAAAUCUUGUGAUUCAUAAAUCAUAUGGGUUAUUUAUUUUUCAAUUGUCCAAUCAAUAUAUAUAGUCAGUUAUAUGAUAUAAUCUUGAGAUGUAAUAAAAAUAUCUAUAUAUAAAUAUAUACUUUUAUCAGAAUUAUAUUUCAAUUACGUACCUUUUUUUCUUUGGUGAUCUAAAUUAAAAUUUUUAUGGGUAAACUCAUAAAAUUAAUAUAGUUUGGCUUGAUUCUCUAAUUGAGGUUGAGUUUCAAAAGUAUAAAUUAAUUGAAUUUAGUCUCUGAGAUAAAUGAUCCGGUGAACACGCUCCGGUUUGGUCUGGUCUAACUGACACUACAAUCAUACCAAAUUAGAAAUUCAUGUUUGAAAAUUUUUCGGACCAAACCAAAUCGUUUUACAACGGUCCGGUCUGGUUUGGUCUGCGGUUUUUUAUUUUUAUAUUUUCAUCCAAAUUAAUACAUGUAUUUAUGUAAAUAUUUCACACCUAUAAUUAAUAAAUAUAAUAAUUUGUAAUUAGUUGAUAACAUCAACAUCAUUCAAGUAUAUAUUGUUAUAUAAAAAUAACUACAUCUUAAAAUAU